CAAGCUCUCCCUUUAUGCUAACGUUUAGCGAUGGAAAUUUCUUUUCCACUAACCAACCGAGUUAUUCCCGUUCUUUAAUUAUAUAUCUAUUUUCCAGUUACAUAAUAAUAAUAAUAAUAAUAAAAAAGCUUGUUUAUCAGCUUGAUGAAGGAGCUUGUGUGUUAGGUUGCCAGUCCUGUUGGUGGUGGUAAUGCAUCAUAAAGUUGGUAACUGCUGAUGACAGAAGAAGAAAUACGGAAGAGGCUGCUAACUCUUUAUUAUGUUAUUUUAUACUUGCAACUUCAAAAGUAGUGCACUGCUUUAGGUUUGAAUCAUUCUGGGGCUGUAGAUUUUCUGUUAACCAAAUUAUGGCGUCCAACCGAGAGCACUGCUCUUGCUGCUCCCAUCCAGUCUCUUCUAGUGUCUGCCAGACCUUGAGUGAAAUGGAUUUUGAGCGAGGUAUCUGGUCUGCUGCAAUGGAUGGGGACUUGGAGCGUGUUACAUCUUUGGUUCAGAAAGGCACACAUCCUAAUCUGAAAGAUUCAGCUGGAUAUACAGCUUUGCACUAUGCAAGUCGCAGUGGUCAUCUUGCUGUGUGUAAGUUUCUUCUUGAAAAUGGGGCCUGUGCAUCUCCCCAGACACCAGGCGGUGCCACACCACUACAUCGUUCAGCAUACUGCGGUCAUUUGGAUGUGGUUGAACUCUUGCUGCAACACAGGGCAGAUCCAAUGAUCUGUGAUGAUGAUGGUGCAUCCCCAUUACAUAAGGCUGCAGAACGGGGGCAUAGAAAUGUGUGUCAGCUGCUUCUUCAGCACUGUCCGGUGCUCUGCAGCCAGGUGAACAAGAGAGCCCAGCUACCCUACCAGUUGGCUCAGCAGGAGGAUCUGCAGGAGUUCUUAAAACCUCCUCGGUGACCACUGACUCACUGCUGUGUCCUUUUUGACUAUGAACAUUAAAGACUAAGAGACACAAACAGGUUCUGUCAUCAGGACUUGGAUCCAUGAUGCUUGACUGUUUGGCUCUGGAAUGAACCUCUGUACAGUGCUGAUGAAUUAAAUAUUUUUGGAAAAACAAC